AUGGAUGCGGCCCAGUGGCACCAGGGGCUAGGGCUCGUGAAGCCCAUGGAGGAGAUGAUCAUGGCUGGAAACCCAAAUCCUAAUCCUAAUUCUAAUGGGAACCCGAACCCACAGCCGGCGCCGCCGUCUGGCGCAGAAGCCCAGAGGGCUCCCGUUCCUGGCCCGCCGGCAGCAGGAGCUGGCGCGGCGGCCGGGACGGGCUCCACCGAGCGGAAGGCGGCGCGGCCGCAGAAGGAGAAGGCCAUCAACUGCCCGAGGUGCAACUCCACCAACACCAAGUUCUGCUACUACAACAACUACAGCCUCCAGCAGCCGCGCUACUUCUGCAAGACGUGCCGCCGCUACUGGACUGAGGGCGGCUCGCUCCGGAACGUGCCCGUCGGCGGCGGCUCACGGAAGAACAAGAGAUCAUCGUCCUCGGUGGUGUCGUCCGCGGCGGGCGCCGUCUCCACCUCGGCGGCCGCGUCCGGGACGGUCCCCGUCGGCGGGAUGGGGGCCAAGAACCCGAAGCUGAUGCACGAGGGCGCGCACGACCUCAACCUGGCGUUCCCGCACCACCACGGCCGCGUCUUGCACCCGUCCGAGUUCGCGGCGUUCCCUAGCCUGGAGAGCAGCAGCGUCUGCAACCCGGGAGGCGCCAUGGCGGCCAACGGCGCGGGUGGCGGGAGGGGCAUGGGCGCGUUUUCGGCGAUGGAGCUGCUGAGGAGCACCGGCUGCUACGUACCGAUGCCGCAGGUGCAGCUCGGGAUGCCGCCGGAGUACGCGGCCGCGGGGUUCGCGCUUGGCGAGUUCCGCAUGCCGCUGCAGCAUCAGCAGCACCAUCAACAGCAGCAGCAGCAGCAGCAACACCACCAGCAACAGCAGCAGCAGGUUCAGAACAUGCUGGGGUUCUCGCUGGACACGGGAGGAGGUGGCGACGCCGGGGGAUACGGCGCUGGGUUGCAGGGGGCGCAGGAGAGCGCAACGGGAAGGAUGCUGUUCCCGUUCGAGGACUUGAAGCCGGGUGCGAACCCAAGUGGAGGAGGUGCAAGUGGCGGUGAUCAGUUUGAGCACAGCAAAGACCAAGGCGGCGGCGGCGGUGGCCAUGAGACCCUGGGGUUCUGGAAUAACAGCAUGAUCGGGAAUGGCAGCAGCAAUGACGCCGGCGGUGGCGGCGGCGGCGGCGGCGGUUCGUGGUAG